AUGCCUGGGGGUACUACGCCUGGAGGUGCUGAGCCUGGGGGUGCUGCGUCUGGGGGUGCUGAGCUUGGGGGUACUACGCCUGGAGGUGCUGAGCCUGGGGGUGCUACGCCUGGUGGUGCUGUGCCUGGCGGUUCACCGGGUGCUCCCUCUCGCCGAGAGCCACUCUCUCCCCAGGAGCUGCGUGAGUGGUUUGCCCGGCGCUGGAGGCGAGCUGCUGGAGCUGCUGGAGCUGGAGGUGCUGCGGGUACUGGAGGUUCUGUUGCUUCUGAGGGAGCUGGUGCCACGGGUCCCGGAGGUGCUCGUACUGGGAGUUCUGGAGCUGCUGGACCUGCGGGUACUUCUGGAGCUGGAGUUGCUGCGGGUGUUGGCGCGGAGGCUACUGCUGUCGGUCCUGGAGGCAGUCCUGCUGGGGGUACUACUGGUGCUGCUGGGGGUUCUGGAGCUGGAGCUGCUACUGGUGCUGGUGCUGCCCCUGCGGGUGCUGGUGCUGUCCCUCCUGUGUCUGGAGUCGCCGCGCGGCCUCGGCCGUACUUCGUUCCGCUCCUUCAGCAGGUUCUUGGUCUCCCGCCUUCUACUGGUCCUCCUCCUCCCUUAGAGUGUCCACAGCCUGUCCCGUCGCAGUUACAGUUACAGCCGGCCUCCCCACUGCCUGCUCCGUCUCCCUACACUGGUCCUACUGGAGCGUCCUCCUCCUGUCCCUGGCACGCACCGGAUGUCUCUGCGUCCGUCCACUGCUCCUCUGCGUGCCCCUUUGCCUUCUCCUCCUGA